AUGGCACUAAAAAAAUUUGACCAUAACACUGGCCUAAUAAGCGUGGCCAAGUAUGGGCCGGACCGGGCCUAUAAUAUGGGCCGGGUUGGGCCUAUAAUUCAAUGGGCCGGGCCGGGCUGGGCCAAUAAUUCAUUGGGCCAG